CUCGAUAAGUGUACAUUUUUAAAUAUGUAUAAUAAACGCUAAAAUAUUCAUCCGCCAAAAUGUUUUGUACCCGUUCAGAACGAAUUGCGGGAACCGCGAGCUGUGCGUCUCGCAUCACUCGCGGGACAAGGGGCGAGCCGACUUCAAUCGCGGAGCGAUCCCCGAAGGAGUGGACAUCGCGUUAACAGUGCCGACAUUCAUUUGGAAUCGCAACGCUUUCCGCACGGACUGUACGUCGCUAAGUCCGUCCUCCGACUCCUACCAAGAUUAAGGUAAUGCUUCGGCUGAUAUGAUACAAUAGUUAUGUAGUCUUUUCAGUGCUCUAUGGUGCUUCCGCUGGAUGGCCGCGACAUUCACGAAGCCUUAGAAUAAUAUUUGGAGUUCGCAGGGAAAGAAAGUAAUGAGAGAGUUAAGUUUUUCCCACGGGCGUAUGGUACUCUAAGUUAGCCCCCACAUGUGUGAUCAUAGGUGUUGUUGAAGGGGAGUCGAGUGUGUGAAGAGAAUGACGGAUAGCCAGCAGCAGUUUUGCUUGCGGUGGAAUAACUUUCAGGCGAACAUCACGAGCCAGUUCGAGGCGCUGCGAGAUGACGAGGACUUCGUCGACGUUACCUUCGCGUGCGACGGCAGGCGACUCCAGGCGCACAAGGUCGUCCUUUCCGCGUGCAGCCCUUACUUCAAGGAGUUGUUCAAGACCAAUCCCUGCAAGCAUCCAAUAAUUUUUAUGCGGGAUGUUGAAUUCGAACAUCUACAAUCACUAUUGGAAUUUAUGUACGCUGGCGAGGUAAAUAUCUCGCAGGCAGAGUUACCUACAUUUCUACGUACCGCUGAAUCUCUUCAAAUUCGUGGCCUCACCGACUCCCAAAGUAAUCAGCACAACAACGAAAAGCAUUUGAAGACAAAUAACAUCCACGCAUCAAAUGGCCGUGAUCUGAUCUCGCCAAGCUUUGACGAUGAACGCAGUAAAUCUCCACCACCUUCAAGCCCUCCACCACUAAAAAGGCUGUGUAAAAGAAGUGAUUCACCUCCAGUUUCUAGUCCAGCACCCCCUGUGCCGCCUUGUGCUACUAUUGCACCACGUUCGCGCCCACUUAUCGAGCCUCAAGUUCAGCUCGAUUGUUAUAAAGAUCUCGAUAUUGUUGAGCCAAAAAUAGAAUUACCUGAAUAUGGCAGUGACGACGAUUGCUCACCUAAACCGGAAGCCAAUACAUUGCCCAGUGGAUUUCUCAGCUUGGAUAGUGGUAUGGAAGUGUUACCGUCUUAUCCAUCAUCUUAUCAAGGAAACCAGAACGUAGAAGGAGGAAUGCCAGGUCCAUCACACGGGAGCACGGAAUUAAAUCAAGAACAGCAAGCUGACCUGCGUAAACUGCACUCGCUGGACCCACGCCCCUGUCCUGUGUGCAACCGCAUGUACAGUAACUUGUCCAACCUGCGGCAGCACAUGCGCCUCAUCCACAACCCUCAGAGUGUCACUUGCCCUCUAUGUAACAAGCCAUUCAAGACCAAGCUGUACCUGAAGCGUCACCUGGUCAGUUUCCACGAACUCAGUGUGGCAGACAGACAACGUCAGGAAGAGAUCUACCAACAUCAAGUUAAGGUUCAGGUCCAAGGGCAAGGCCAGGGCCAGGGCCAGGGACAGGGACAAACGCAGGUUCAGGGAGGAGCUCAAGCUCAGACCCAAACACAAGUUCAGGCUCAAACACAAGCUCAGAUUCAAGCUCAGACUCAGGUGGAUAAUAAGGUGCUUUUAGCAGCUCCUACCCCACCUGCUUCUCGGGGUACUCCCCCCGAGGAAGGUGGGGCUGGCGGUGGUGGGAGCACCGCAGAACCAAAGCUCAGAUCGUAUCAGGCACAAGCUGGCGAUAAUGCUUAUCCGGUAGAGGUAGCGCAGAUUGGUGAUUCAAAGCAUUUUGCUAGUGGGAUGUUGCAAUUCGAUGCUACGUAUCACUAAUGUGUGUACAGGAUUUUAUUUAUUUUUUAAUCUAUCGCGCCCAGUAUCAUUUUGUGAUAUAGUAACGAAUCGAGUUUAUCUUUAUUGUUUAGUGAACUUGUGAUUCAAUAGGAAACGUAUCUUCGUAGUUGAUCGACAAGUAGGUAGAAAUAACGUUAUGACACAAGGCUGAUUCCGUAUAUUUAAUAAUCAGAUCCUGCGCGCGCGCGCACUCAAGGUGCGCGCAGGUGUAUAACUUAUAAUUUUUAAUCUUUUGAAAUAUGCGUAUGCAAUUCUUGUCGCACGAACACGAGUGGAGGACAAGAUGUCAAAUCCGAUUGACGGUCGCGUACUUGAUUGUUUUCGUCCGUAAUAAGACGCCUACAUAGAUCAUUCGAAUGAUCAUUCAUACGAAGGUCGACAGUGUGUAUAUAGGUUUGGGAGACUAGUUUACAUAUAAAAGUCCCGUGCCUAUUCAUCGUAAAGAUGAACGCUGAUGAGGGAGAGAACGACUAAAAAUGCCGAUGGUGGAGCAGCCAUCCCACCUCGUACUGAUAAUUCUGCAGCCGGAUACUUGUUGUUUUAUUUAAUGCUAUACAGUGUUAUACAGACUACAGAUAUUUACUACAAUAUUAUAUUCUUACAGAGGAUUAUAUUUACUUUAUUAUUGCAACGCAAUGUGCAAUGACAUAGCUCGUACAUGAUAUAUUUUUCACAUGCAUACAUUGCAAUAUACAGCCAAUUGACAGCUCAACAGAGUAAUAAUAUUUAUUAUUAACAGUUAUCAACAAACCGUGAUCGCAAUAAUGCAGCAGAUUGAAUUUAACAAUAUAUAAUAAGAAGGCAAUGUCUCUGCUGGUUUCUUGUUUCUGUGUGUGGAAGGCUUGUCUCUCAAGUACUUCUACCUCAAUGGUACAUAUACCUAUUUAUAGAAAUAGCACAAGAAUGAUUAUUUCAUUCUUUAUUUCUAUACACAGAGAUUGUAAUACUCUCAUGAUAUUUAAUAUGAUAUUAUUUAAUAUGUGAGUCAUACUUUUGGUUUUUAAUUUAUUAAUCGGGAGAUAUAUUUUUUCAAUCAAAGUAUUUUAAAUUUUAAAUCAGUAGUAUUUAUCAAGAAACGUUUUUCGCAUUCAUACAUGUAGCAGUAACUUUGUAAGUAGGACGCUACAUACACGCUUCCUUUACAGGAAGGAAAAGGCUUUUUUGAAAAUAGUACUAUAUUUUUUAUAUCUUUUUGUAAAUUUGGUAUUAAUAUGCAUUUGUUGUAGUCUCAAUAAUUUUUGUUUUCUACGAUCGAUAGUCAAUACGUCAAUUUCCUGUCACAUGCAACUUGUUUCUGUUAUCUUUAAUGAGAUAUUCAGUUUCAGCUGUCUAUAAAAGUAAACCAGCAUAGAUAUCUGCCACACAAUUCCAUAGCCAUAGUACCACACAGUACAACUCAGGAUCUUUUAUAUUAUAUUUUACAGAUGACAAUAGUUCCAUAAGUACGAUUUAUAAUAGCGAUUCUAGGAAAUGGGGCACAGAGAAUAUGUUCCCUAGAAUCGUAACUUUUUAAGUCGUACCAUUCAUAUGAACAGGCUCCUUACCUCACAUACAAUCAAAUUACUAAACAGAUGCAGCUAUAUAUUAUUGUAAUAUAUUUACAUACAACAACUUACAAUAGUACUGGGACGUUGCAACGACUGCAACUAACACAGAUUUACCGAUAUUAUACAAACGGUUUUUAUUAUCUGUUAUUACAUUGGUAAGCGAUUGCAAUGUUUUUUUACAAGUUAAACGUACUACGAAUAUACAUUCAAGAUUUUUCUUUACAAGAUAUGAAUGGAUGCCCAGCACAACUGACAAUUAGUACCGAAAUAAGAUUAGAUUAUAAAUGUUGCAUAUCAUAUUAUAAUAUUGUUAUACAUUUGCCAAGCAGUGUUACAUUCAUCAACUCUCAGGCUUCGGAUCAUACACGGAUUUCAUUUUGCUUCUUUCGAUAAGAAAUAGUAUUUCUUAUAAUAUAUCUUUUUAUUACAAUAUCAUGUAUAUAAUAUACAUUAUGAUUUUA